GCUUCAAAAGCACAGCAACAGGUUUACGCAGUACCCGGAAGUACCACAAACGAAAACAACAGGAAUCUUAAGUCAUGGAUAAGAACAUCCAACUGGAUUUUGAGAACCAGUUCAAUGAUGUGGUCUCAAGACUACAAUCAAAGAAGAUGUUUCAGUCGGACUGGGACAUUGCCUCGUUUGCAGUUUUCUUCAUCUUUAUAGGCAUGGUCCUGUUGCUGGUUAUCUUGGUUCUCAUCCGCUGCUGUUGCUGCUGCUGCUGUGAUGAGAAGCCAAGAAGACAGAAGGUGGGCAUCGACAAUAUGGGAAUGGAGCUGUGAUCUUCCAGAAACAACAGGCACCAUUACAUCUAUUUUUUUCUAUCAGUUAUGCCACCUAAACAUUAUUUAUAUGUGAACAAGUAAAAUAAUGGAGGAAGGAGAACGAUAUUUUAGGUAGAUACUUCCUUAUAGGGAUGAUAAAAGCAAAAACCUUUCCCUACUGUGUAAAAAUGCUGUUAAUAUUUACCCAGGAAAUCACAUGAUUUAAGUUGCAUUGUCCAUUGUAGAUACCAGAUCCACUUCAUCAGAGAUUUUAUAUAGAAGCAUGCUCACCAGUUUUGAAGACAUUGGUUACUUAAACACUUUAUUGAAGCAGGUUAUAGCAACUUUCCUGGAUGGAACCAGUGCAGGCCCUUAACAAAUGGCCUCUAUUGAAAUUAACUUGUUUUUAGUUGUUCUUUGAACAGUGUGUUUAAUCUGUUAAUCUGGAACCUAGCUGUUAAGACUGGUCUUCCCAGAUGCCAAUCUGCAAUCUCUUCUUCAACCAGCCUUCUCCUAGAUUUAAGGGUUUUUAGUGGAUUUCUUUCAAAUGCCUGACUUUUAAAUCUGAAAUGUAUAUAAUACAGAAACCUACACACUGCUGAGGAUGAAAACGCCAAUGAGACUUGCAAACAGAUACGCAAUGCUUUACUUGUGAACUCUACCUUGGAAAAAUUAGUGUCAAUAUGUGUUUAACUUUUUAUAAUGUACCACAUUGUUUGUAUAACUUUUAGACUUUGUAAACAAAAACUAAAAUACAUACCUUUAAAUGAACAGCAUAUAGCAAAUAAAAUGUACCUUUGCCUA